UUUACACGUGUAUAUAUUAAUGGGUUUAGGCCGGCCGACUCUGUAAUUAGGUUGGAGCUGAUCAUGAACCCUAAUUAAUAGAUUCCCGAUGGGUAGUGGUGCUAGUGCUAAUCACCAGUCAGACUCGAUGGAAGCAGCAGAUUCUUCGAUUCCCAGAGACAAAGACUUUGGCAAAUUCCAAUUCGGAUGCGAGCACUACAAGAGACGAUGUAAAAUCAAAGCUCCUUGCUGCAAUCUCAUCUUCCCAUGCCGCCACUGCCACAACGACGCUGCGAAUUCUUUAUCUGACCCUAAAGAACGACAUGAUUUGGUCCGCCAAAACGUCAAACAGGUUGUUUGUUCAAUAUGUCAAACUGAGCAAGAGGUUGCCCAAGUCUGCUCGAAUUGUGGCGUCAAUAUGGGGGCAUACUUUUGCGAUAUCUGCAAGUUCUUUGACGACGAUACCUCGAAAGAACAGUUUCAUUGUGAUGACUGUGGAAUUUGUAGAGUUGGUGGGCGUGACAAAUUCUUUCAUUGCCAGAACUGUGGAGCUUGCUAUGCAAUGGGCUUGCGCGAUAAACACUCGUGCAUUGAGAACUCCACAAAAAAUUCUUGUCCUGUUUGUUAUGAGUAUCUAUUUGAUUCGGUAAAAGCCGCACAUGUGAUGAAAUGUGGUCAUACUAUGCAUAUUGAUUGCUUCGAACAAAUGAUCAAUGAAAACCAAUACCGAUGCCCCAUUUGUUCCAAGUCAAUGUUGGAUAUGUCUCAUUCGUGGCAAUUAUUAGAUCUUGAGAUAAGCGCAACAGAGAUGCCUGUUGAGUAUAACUUUAAGGUUUCAAUUCUCUGCAAUGACUGCAACAAGGGGAGUAAAGCUAUGUUCCACAUUUUGGGACACAAGUGCGGUGAUUGUGGUUCAUACAACACUCGGAGAAUCUCAACGCCACAAGAUCCAGUGAGUGAAACAGAGUGAUCAUUUUCUGAAGCGAACUCUUCUUGAUUGGAUUUGUCCGUCAUUGGUCCAACAUAGAGCGAUAGGGCUCGGUGUUCUGCUUGUCGCAUAAAGUGAUCCGGCAAAACCAUUGGGUUUGGUCGGUUCAUAUUGAAUCACAACUUUAAAGUGUGAAAAGAAAUUGAAUACGGUAUUUAUACAAACAAGACCAAAUGACCUCAAACAUAAGAACAAAACAAUUUACAUUUUUAACAUAAUUUUAUAAUCUUCCUUUCA